UAAUACACAGUGUGCCAUGGGGCUCUUACUCAGCCGGAUUCAGAAGGCGUUGCAAGGUUUCUACGGGACAGAAGCUCGUAUUCUCUUGCUGGGUCUGGAUGCAGCUGGCAAAACAACCCUCCUCUACAAGCUGAAGUUGAACGAAACCCCGAUGACCAUUCCCACCCUGGGCUUCAAUGUGGAGACGAUACAACCCAUCAACAACGUCACUUUCACCAUGUGGGAUGUGGGCGGCCAAGAUCGGAUCCGGGUCCUAUGGAAACAUUACCAUUCCAACACAGAUGGUCUGGUCUUCGUGGUGGACAGCGUGGAUGGUGAUCGUUUUGAGGAAGCCAGAUAUGAAUUGGAAGCACUGCUGGAUGCCAGAGACCUGCAAGGAGUUCCUUUGGUACUGUUAGCCAACAAGCAAGACUUGCCUGGAGCAUGGGCUCCCCUGGAGGUGGCAGAAAAAAUGGGACUGAGGAAAUUGCCAGGGCACCAGUGGCAUGUGCAGGGAUGCUGUGCCGUGAGCGGAGAGGGCAUCCCCGAAGCGAUGGAGAAGCUGUCUGAGAUGGUCAAGUUGCAUCGCAAAGCCCGAGGUACAUAGUCAGUUAGGAAGACCCCCAUCUCGCAUGUGGGACAUACAAUAUCCUGCUAAUCAAUUGCCUGUUCAGGCCCAGAUGUUCUUGCCAAGCUGUUUAAUCUGCAUAAUGGACUCUACAUGGUCCUGCUUAUCAACAGCCAUUACAGGACUUGUGAGAAGCUGCACAGGCUUUAGUGUUGGGUUUGCUUCUUAGACACAGAGCAGGGUGUACAGCUCUACUGGACUGCUCUUCAGGUAUUUCCUGAUCCAGUAUGUCAUGCUUAGUAGAAAUACAGAAACAAGCUGAGGACACCUGUUCGUCGAAGCCAGAACCAUCCAGAUUUACAACCACCAUGCCUGGACUCUGAACUAGAGACAUUUAUUAUUUCCUCCACUGCAUAUGUGAUAUUUCCAACAAGUUACUGGGAAGGCCUAUUUAUUGCUUUGUAUCAUGCCUA